GGACAUUUUACGAUAGUAUAAAGUGCGUAUUUUAUGCUUGAGUUGUGGAUUUUCACAAAUCAUUAUUUUUUGAUAUUGAACUGUUACCUGUUGAACAAUGGUGCGAUCGUGUUAUGUGUGCAAGAUAAACAGCAGUAAUCCAGAAUCGGCCAAUUUAUCAUUCCAUCGCUUCCUGACGAGUUUAUAUGAAUAUAUAUCCAUCACUAGCAGUAUGAUACAAUUUAAAGAUGUUCUGGGUGUAGUUCAUCAAGUACAAAAAUAUCCACAUACACAAUCUUCAUGCAACUUAAGUAAACGUGAUUUUGCCAUGAUUUGAUUAUAUUUUUGUGCUAACUAGUUUAUAAUCAUUAGACAGAUCAUUGGUGUAAGACAUGUGUUUACAAUUUUAGACUCCCAUCUGACCCAGCAAAGCGCAUUUUAUGGAUUUC